CUAACUUAUGAAGGACCUUAAAGCUCCGGUUGUAAUCACUUCCUACAUGAAAUGUAUCCCAAAAUUAAGUUUGCUCAAUCUUAUAGCCAAAGAAAUUGCCUAAAAGCUAGAAGUUCAUCACAUGGAAACAGGAACUAGAAGGGGACAUAGACAAAAUGUCCUAUGAUAAAAUGCCUAUGUUUGAUAACAACUUUUCUGUCUACUUUCUUUUUUGUCUUUCUAGCUAGCUAGCCCAUGAAUUCUAUACUUUGUAGUGAGGUAAACACUAUAUAUAAAAGAAGAAACCAAGCUUGCUUUAACUCAUUUUUCACUCACUCAUCAAAUUUUCUUCAAGGAUUCACUCAAUGACUAUGGAAGCAACUCAUCCUCUUUCAAUCGAAAGUUUUUCAUAUAGCUGGUUAGUGAACCUUAAACCAUCACUUGAUCAAAGCCUUGAUAGUUUUUCUUCCUUUAGAAUUUCUGUUGAUGCUAUUGAUGAAUUAGGUUCUUCUUUCAUUGAAAUGGAUCCAAGAAUGCCACCUUCUAAAAGAUUCUUUAUAAACUCACAAGAUUUCAAAUUUGAUUUUCCAACUUCACAUCAAUCUUCUCUCAAUACUCUUGUUGAUGCAGAUCAACUCUUUUCCAAUGGUUACUUAAUACCACUUUUUGAUGAAUCAAUGAAAAAUAUUGAACCAUAUGAAUAUGAUUCAUCAAAUUCAAAUUCAACCUUACCUUCUUUUAUAUCACAUGUACCAAAAGAAGUGGUUCCAAUAGAAAAUUCAAAAAGCCCUUCAUUGAAAAGGUGUAGAACAUUAUCAAAGAGAAUGAUUCAAAAAUACUUGAAUUUUUUGAAGCCUUUGUGUAGAAGAUUGAGGGGUCAAAAACCAGGAUCAUCAAAGCAUGAAAAUGGUGUGAAAAGAACUCAAUCAGUGAAGAAUAUAAGAGGAAAUUACUGUGAAUCAUCUCCAAGAAUUAGUGUUGCUUAUUCGGCGGACAACUGGCGCGUGUCUUGUGAUUCUGAUAGUUCAAUCUAUGAAGCUGUUCUUCAUUGCAAAAGAUCUAUUGAAAGAAUGAGUUAGGGAUGCUGAAGUGCAAAUCAAUGUUUUCAAAAAGGAUUGCAACAACAAAUUAUAAUUACUCUAUUUUUGCUAAUUCUCCAAAACUUGCUAUAUGACAUUCCUUGAAUGAUGACUUUUUUUUGUCCAUUCUCUUAUGUCUGCUGGGCACCUAAUCUAAGAAAAUGAGAAGUUUCUAUGCAAUCUUAAGAGGAUUGUUAUCAGCACAAAAUAAGAUAACAAAUGUAUAAAUUUAUUGGAUUGCAGUGCAUGUAGAUCUUUUAGCACAUAUUAUAUAAUUAAGAUAUUCAUUAGCUUAUAA